UAGAUGGUAAAAAAUAGGAACAGAAAAUGAUAUCAAAUGGAAUGCAUAAAAUGAUUUGAAUCGAACCUGCUAUUUGCUCUCCAUCUUAUUAUUUGCGGAAGGACAGUCAAGGAACAGAACCUACAAUCACGGAAGCCCGGUCAUUUAGUGUAUGUUUAUGCAAUUUUAUUUCUUUUGAAUGGCAACUCCAGGAAUCGCAAACAACAAUUGAUGGACUCAGAUUGUUGCAAAUGAAAAGGUGUGUGCAAUUUGUCUAAAAUUGAAACUGGAUGGGAGUGUGUAUCAACCGCUACGUUGGCCAACAUGAGAAAACACAACCCAUGGAUGAGGACUCUGAGCAAGAUAAGAAGCAGCAAGCUGAGUCUCGAAAGCCACAACCAUCAUCUUCUAGGCAACCAUCUAUGAUUGACAGCUCCUUCUCUUCUAAUGCAACUGGCUUAGUGCAAGCAUCAUCUCCUUCCAAUUAUGAUAAAUUGUGCCUGUCCCUUUUGUGUGGUCUUCCCAAUGAGCAGGAGUUGGCCCUCAAUGUUUGCACCAUUCUCUCCAAUGAGGGAUCUUAUAUGCUUCAGCUGGAGCAAGCACCCAAGUUAGUCGACCUACUCAUUGCUCAAACAGGAGUUUGGCGAUUAGAUGAUGAUUCUACAAAACUCAUGUAUUUAGAGAGUUGGCAGAACUUGGAGGGUCGAAAAAUGUGCCAAUUCUGGCAAAGCACUUUAGAUGUUAAAUUUGAAACGCUUUUGCAGUUAUUGGGAUUUACAAUAGGUUCUCUUGUGAGUCUGUUGACAAUCGAUCCUAGUCAGUAUGGCCCAUCGGCACAAAUACGGAUGAAAAUUGUGGAGACAUUAGUUCCUUCAGAGUCAGUAGGAGAGCUGGAAGACAAGACAGAAUCCUCUGCAGAAACUGCGACAGAUUCUACUUCUGCUUCAUCCUCCGCAACAACUCCAGGAAAUGUAGACUCUGAAACGUUUGCCUGUAACUGGUUGAAAUCAAUGUAUGAAGUAACCCCAGGGAGCGUCACUUCUAGAAAUGAUGUUUAUGCUGAUUAUGUUAGCUUCUGCGGCAAAGCAGGACGCAAAGGUGUCUUAAACGCCAAUGUCUUUGCCGGCUGUGUCAAGAACAGUUUUCCUCAGUGCCCCUUGAAGAAAAUAACAUCUGCAGGUGGUGUUGUUACUUUUCACCAUGAUGGACUUAAGAGAAAGAAUGUUGUGACUUCUCUUGGAGUUCCUCCUGUCUCUAAAGCUACUUCUGUGAAUACUGCUGUGCAAAAGAACCCUGCCACCACUUCUGUUGUUACACCAAGUAAAGCUCCUCCUAAACCAGUACAGAGUCCUAUUUUAAAAGCUCAGCUUUCAGCUCCAGCCACAGCUUCUCCCACCCCUCUCCUCAAGACUUAUUCCCAGUCAGUAGCAGCAAAAGCUGUCUCUUCAGCUGCUAUCAACAGAGUUACAAAUACUUCCUCCAGCACUCUGAUAAAAAGUCUCCUUGCAAACAAGGUCCAGCAGAGGAACCUCCAACAGAACGUUCCGAGGAUGGUGAUCUACUCUCCCGGAAAAGUUACCGGCCUGGCUCCCGGAAUCCAUUCCCCGACCACUAUUGUCAGGUGCAUCAGACCAGGCGCGCUCUCUCAGAUUAAUCAGUUGAGACCAUCUCUGCAGGCCCGCAUUGUUCCCAAUAAGGGGUGCAUCAUUGCUGCACCCAAUUCUGGCGUCAUCAAAGCGAAUCCGAUGUGGGCUCCGAAGCAACAUGUAGUGAAACAGUCUUUGUUGACCGCUGCUGUUCCCAAUCAAGUUCAAAUCAAUGGGAUUCAAAGUGAAUUGAAAACAGAAGUGCAUUUAGACAGUGAAGACUCCAAAAACAUUACUUUAGUUCCCUCUGUUCAUUUAAAGCCACCUAAUCCAGUUUCAUUAGAAAAUCAGUUCCUUAAUGAUUCUGGAAUUGAUACCAAAGAUUCACUAAUGAGUGAUGACUUAUCUGCUAGGGAUAAUAACUCUGAUCAAAAUAUUCUGUUAUCUCCUGCAGUUCAAGACAGUUCAGUUACUUAUAAGAUAGCGACUUCGGGUGACCCCUCGUCUGGAAAUUUUUUUAUUGUGAGAUCUCAGUCAAUAGCACUUUCUUCUCCUGUCAAAGAACAGCAGUGCACCUUGGUGAACGGCAACGAUGUGGUCACGCCGUCUGUCAUGCAGCCGAAGGUCGUCUCACCAUCGUCAAAUAUUUUGAAGUCUGUUUUGAAUGAGUUUGAAUCAUCUCCCGUGGCAACCAGCAUCACAAAGCACCAGAUGAUCCAGAGGGAAUCUAUAUGUAAGAAAGCUCCUUUAUUGAAUGGAUUGUUAGAUAAGGGAAAACUACCUCUUUUAGAAGAUUUCCAAUCAAAGACAAUUCUGCUGCAAAACGGGGGCGGCUCAAAUCGUGAUGGUGACAAUGAAAUGACCAAAUCUGUUCAAUUAAAUGUAAGCCAGAGCACUUUAUCAACGUGUAAUUCAAAUCCUUUGCUUUCCAUGUCAGUUCAUCCCGACAUUGUAUCUUCUUCGCCAUCAAGUUCAGUCUUCACGAUCUCAUCGAAUGCUAUUAGUCAGGGUAUUUUCACAGUUUCAUCUGCCAGUUCAGGUUCCCAGCUGUCCUUGAAUUCGAUUGCUUCUGCUGUCAUGCCAUCUCCGACAAACAUUUCGGCACCCAUAUCAUUGAAUUCCAUCGUCAUACCGGCACCAUCUUUUAAUUCAGUUAUCAUACCAGCAUCUUCCCUAUCAUCAGCCAUUGUGCACUCAUCUUAUAACUCAACAACAGCAGCAACAAAUGCAUCUCUAAACAGCACUGCCACAACCACAUCACCCGUUCUCGUACCAUCAGUUCUGCCCGCAACUUCUUUUCAUUCGAAUGGAACUGACCUGAUGCAAAUUUGUACUGGACAGACCACAUUUUCAGGUACUGUAGAGGUGCAACCUGAUCAAAAGGGAGUCGUCAGACUGCAUAUAGAGAGUCCCGAAAAUUCUAAUCAAGGUUCGGACCUGUCUUCAAUAUCUGAUAUUGCUAGAACAUUAGAAUGUGCAUCUCAAGCGAUAUCGAGAACGAACGCCGAGUGCAACACACAGGUGCCUUACAGUAGCAACGCUUGUGUGGCAGCACCCCAGACUGUUACUCUCAUUAACUCAAACACUCCUACUCUUGCUACUAGAACUGGACAACAGAUAUUUGUAGUGACCCCAGUUUUAAAUCAGCCACAACUUCAACUUCAAUCCCCCAACAUUAAGUUAUGUAUAUUGCAAAGUAUUCCUAAAAACGAUGAUACAGGCGAUUUGGUUUCGAUACCCCAGGUGAACUUUAAUCAGUUACGGCAUCCUGCACCCGAAACAUCCACCUUGAAAAGGCCGUCCAGUGAAACCCUAUGUGUCGCUGCCAGUUUAAAAAAGCCUCGCUUGGACUCUCCCCUGCUGGAAGCUUCACUGCGGUUACCUACAGCUACUGCGGGUGCUAUAGUUGUUGAUAAUAACAAACCUCAUGAAACUCUACCUGUGUUAUUAAAAUCAUCCAUCUCUGAUAAUACCACCCCCAAAACAACUGCCGUUGCUGCAGCGACUCCUGUACAGAAUGCAGAUCUUCCGUGUGACAAAGAAAUCAAAACUUUUUCUGGUCUGACUUCGGCCAGUGGUAAUAGCCCUCAUGUCACUGCGACCACCACCACAAGAACAACAACUACUUCAUCAAAGCUAGAAUUCAUUUGUGAGUGGAAAGAUUGUGGUCUAAAAUUUUCUUCGCAUGGUUUGGUGUUUCUUCAUGCUAGUAAAGCUCACGUACCUCAUAGUGAUGAUGCUAUAUGUCAGUGGGAAGGUUGUGAUUCUAUGAAAAGAAAACGAUUCUCCUUGUUGACCCAUCUACAGGACUGGCAUUGCAGUGAGAGGGUUCUCCACACUCAGGCAGUGAGAAGACUCCAGCUUUCUCAACAGGGAAAGACCUCUGUACCACCUCCUCAAAAACCUCCUCCUCAUCCAGGAUAUGCUCCCGACGCGGCUAUGCUGGCCAUCAAGCGACACGCCCUUCAAUAUAUCAAUCCCAAGGAACUUUCUGAAGAAAAAGAGAGUGCAUUGACCAAAAGUAUUCGUUUAACUAGUGCUCUCAUUUUAAGAAACCUGGUGACACAUAGCUCUGUUGCAAGAACAUACAUGAGGAGGUUCGAGCCUGAAUUGGCCUACUUGGCUAUGUCACCUGUUGAAUCAGCAAGGACCAUAGCCCAGUGCCUGUCUGAAUUAUCAAGGACACACGAUUGAACUGUCUCUUUGAAAAUCAGGAUCGCUUCCUCUCUUGUAUUAAUUCUGUGUCUUUGGAUUUCAAAAUCAAAGGCACUUGUUUUUGAUUCAGCGUGAAUGUUUAUUAAACUUUGUUGAAAUGUUGGCGCUGUCUGAAGAAAAGAAAAAAAGAACGGAGCAGUUGUUUAAUUGUACUUAAAGCACUUCAGUGUUGAAAUACAGUGACUUUUCUCUCUAUCCUCAGUUGGAAAUGCCUCUGGGCUUUAAAAGGAGUUUUAUAUAUACAUAUAUAUAUAUACCUGUAUUGAAUGAUUAUUUUUAAUUACAAAAUCUAUCAUACAUCAAGUUGAGUAUUUAGAAAAAAAUAAUGUUUUAAACAUUGAAAAGCAUGUUUUGAAGGAAAGUUAACAUUGCAUCUUUUUUAAAGAUCACAAUCAGCCCGUGUAUAUAUAUAUAUAACAAUGCCAUCACCUUAGGCAAAGGGAGAUGAUAUCGUUAUCAUUUUCUACAGCACUUAAACUUCACAUUUUUAGAUUAAUACUUUUAUUUUAUAUAUAUAAAAAAACAUUUGUUUUUAAGAAGAAUCGUUGUGUGUCAUUAGUUUUGGGUGUAUCAUUCCAGAAUGAACUGGACUUUCAAUUUUAGUAACGUGGUAUCAAAUGGGUAUAUGUUUUCCACCCUUCUGUUUGAACUUGUGCCUAAAAGUUAGUUUAUUUGUGUUAAAUUCCAAAUGUUUAAAGUAAGAAAAAAAAAUUAUUCUUUUUAAAUUAUCAUUUUCCAAAAUUACCUUUUGUAAUUGUAUGAAUUUUAUGUAAUUUUAUACACAGAGAUGUCAGUGAUUAUUGGUUUUUAGAGUGGCAUAAUUUUAACCAUCUUAUGUUAGCCUUUUUAUUUAUUUAUUUAUUUGUUUUAUGUGAUCAACCCUUUUUUUUUUUCAAUUUGAAAACAGUUUCUCAUUUUCUUUAAACAUUGAAAAUUACUGCAGAAAGUAUUGUUCGGUUGAGCUAUCAAUAACUUCUUAACUGAAAAUAUAAUUUUUUCUUAAAAAAAAAACAUGCCAGGACAUGUAAAUUAAGUCAAAUUAAAACAUGAUUUAUAACUUAGAACUUAAAUGAGACAUUUUUUUUUUGUGAACAAUAUAUUUGUUUUAAUUCAAAUGGUUAAAUGCAAAUUUUAUAGGGUUAAAAAUCACUGCAUAAGAAAUUACGUAAUUGAAAUUACAAAUAAAUACUCUGUGGCUGUGCAACCAAAAUAAUGUUCUAUACUUACAUUUAUUCAUUACAAAAAAAAUUUCAAUCAUUUUUGUUUUUUUAAGUGUUAUUUUUCUUUUUUUUAGUUUGGAAUUCUUUUUUUUACUUAAUUAAAAAUUAUCUUAACUAUCUGAAAUGAUUUAAAUAUCUAUUACUAUUCAAAAUCAUGAAUUUGAAAAUAAUCCUAGUAAAAACAAGAAUCAUCUUGUCUCAAAAAUGUAAUUUAUAGAUGGAAAUAUGUUACAGUCUAUCUAGAUUUAUAGUUAUUUUAGUAUAAUUUUUGUGUUUAAUUUACUUAUAAAAAUUCUGUCUCCAAAUAUUUUGGAUGUUAUGCUAUAGUCAGCAAAUAAUAUUCCAUAUAAUCUCCUGGAGUUAAUUUUUUUAUUUGUAAUGUUAUUUGUUAUUAUUAGUUAGUUUGUAUCAAAGCAUUUAUCCAUUAAAAAAACUAUCAUUUAUAUUUUAAAUAGACAAAGUUUCAAAAUAAAUAUCUAAUUUGAAAAAAUUCUAAUUUUAAUAAUAACUAAUUUUUGUUUAAAAUGUAUAUAUAUAUAUAUCUGUUUUAAACAUAAUAAAACUUCAGGUUCUAUAUAAUCACAAUCGCAGAAACACGGCAGCAGGCACUACAGAUAAUAUUUUUUAUUUGAGUUUUAUUUUGAAAAAGUAAACAAGCAAAUAGAGGAAAAUUGCAGAAAACAUUUUAAAAUGUGUUUCUUAAUAAACCUAAAAAGCUGAUUUAAGAGAACAUUGCGAAAAGGAAAAUGUUUUUUACUUGAUUACGGAUAUUUAUUUAGUCCAAUAAUUUUAGUAUAAUUGUGCGAAAUGCAACUUAAAUUUAAACAAGAUAAAGAUUUGUGUAUAAUUUUUAAGGAUCCUAUAUUUGCAAAUUUUGUUGCUUGUGUAUUUGAGUUGACUGAAUUUCUACAUUAAUACUGUCUUACUGCAUUGAGAUCAGACUGAUUCGAAUUCAUGAGGAUAGAGCUGCAGAUUUUCUCUGUAAAUUCUGUUACCGGUUAUACGGUUAAAAAGUUCUUUUUGCCCUUUCAUCUCAUGUAAAUUAUCUACACAGCAGGGUUACCACUCCACGAGGAAAACCUGGAAAAUACAGGUAAUUUUGUUUAGUUUAGUCUUUUAAAAAAUAGUGACCAUUCAAAGCGAAAUUUAAGAAUUUUUCGGCUAUACUUAACUAUUCCAUUUACUAUAGCAUUAUUUGUUUCAAGCAUGUUCAGCUGUACCUUUUUUCUCUUAAGUUUUUCCAGUAAUUAAAAAUUAAUAUAUUUAGCCCAAUAUAGCUCACACAAGAGCAGUUUCGCUUGAUAUAUUGUGUAUAAUAUGUACAGGGAAAACACAGAGAAUUUUUUUUCUUUCUUUCCAGAUUAGAGUGGUAACCCUGUACAAACUAACAGAAUGCGAGACUACAUUACUACAGAGAAAUAGUUGCGAAAAAAAAGUGAAAUGACUGUCUGACAUUUUAUCAUACAUUACAUGACUUACAAAUAUUAAUUACUUACAUUUUACCAUACAUUAAAUUACUUACAAAUACAGGGAAAGCACGGGGAACUUUUUUUCCAGAUUAAAGUGGUAACCCUGUACAAUCUAAUAGAAUGCAAGGCUACAUUACUACAGAGAAAUAGUUGCAAAAAAAAAGUGAAGUGACUGUCUGGCAUUUUAUCAUACAUUACAUGACUUACAAAUAUUAAUUACUUACAUUUUACCAUACAUUAAAUUACUUACAAAUACAGGGAAAGCACGGGGAACUUUUUUUCCAGAUUAGAGUGGUAACCCUGUACAAUCUAAUAGAAUGCAGGACUACAUUACUACAGAGAAAUAGUUGCGCAAAAAAAAAAGUGAAGUGACUGUCUGGCAUUUUAUCAUACAUUACAUUACUUACAAAUAUUUAUUAAGAGACAAUGCAUUAUGUGUUCUGCUCUAUGUUUUAACUUGUAUCUGUUUAAAAUUAGUUUAAAAAGUCAAAAGAGGUAUCUAUGCACAAGUCAUUGAUAACGAUAUCAUGUACAGAUAUGGGGUUUCGGAAAUAAUUCUGUGUUAUCAUUAAGAUUGAAGAAUCCGUAAUUAUAAACUAUUAUUGUUUGCAUUAUGUGUAAGUAAGUACAGUGAAACUGGUUUCAUUGAACUUUAACUUGGGGCACUCAUGUAAUAAAAAUAUAUUUUUCAACUUUGUAAGUAAAAUUGAAGUGCUUGGAAUGGUAACAGCAAAUCCUAACCAAAUUCCAUUUUGAGGAAAAUCACAUCACUUUAGUUGCAUUUUUUAGUAUGAACAAAUUUUAAAUGUAAAAUAUGGGAGUUGUGGCAUAUCCCAAUUCAUUUGAUACUUCAGCAUAUGAAAUAUAGAUGGCAGCAGUAUGCUGUUGUACAUGUAUGUCAGAAUCGGAGGUCAGUUAGGAUGCGCUGUUUUCAUUCUAUGUGUCUCGAUAAUGGAUGCAAUGAAAAUAUAGAAUCUGAAGAAUAAGAAAGCUUAAUCUGAAAUUUUCAUACUCGACAACUACAAAUCUUAAGAUUUUUAAAUCAAAUUUUAUGUAUAAUUUGUACUGUAUAGUUGUAAUAAACUAUUUUUAUUUUAAAUUCAUUUAAUUAUUAUUAAUUUUCUUUGAAUGAGUAACUAUAACUUUGGAUUACUAUUGUAUCUUUCAUGAGCUAUGAAAUUUAUUAACGCUAUUUAAAUUUUUAUUUUUUACUGAAUUUUUAAUCUAUUGAUUGGGGUCAAUUCAAAUACUUCAUAAACACCUAAUGAGGGGGGAGUUUUUUGAUUUGGUUAUUGACAAGUUGGAGGGGUAUGAGCUAUGUUUACAUAAAAUCCCUUUAUUUUCAUUUUUUGUUUUAAAAUAAGCAAAAUAAAAAUUUAAAAAAUAAUUGCAUUGAAAAAUUUUUUUUGAAAAGUUUCAGUUUUCAAGAAUUUUGAACAAAAAAAUUUCUUAGGUAUAUUCUGAUUUGUAAAAUGUCAAUUUUAUUGUAUGCAAACUUAAAUAUUUUAUUUGAAUUCAAUCCUGAAAUUUGAUUACUACAGUAAAAGUCAAAAAUAAAGUGAAAACUAAGCGAGUUGCAACUUUCUUAUACAAGCAUAGAAAGGGGUUUGUGAUUUGCUUAUUUUUACUGAGUUUACUAUGUUUUUUACAAAAUUGCUAAGAAAAACAAUAUAUAUAUUUUAUGUAAUAUCGACCUCUUGUGCCCCAAUUUAACCAAUGAAAUGUGAGUGCAUAUUUUUUAUUUUACACUAUACGAGUUACACCAUCAUAGUUCCGAGCAGCUUUUUUUAAUAAUAAACAAUUUUUAGUUUUCAUGCAAUGCUACAUAAAUUUGUGUACUAUUUCUUUAAGAAUAUAUUUGGAUUAAUUUUUUUUUAAAGAGGAUGUCCUUGUGGGUGUCAGUAUGUUAUAUGCCUGUGAUGUAUUAUGAAAACUCCCGCCUGUGUUCUGUAUAUGCUGUUCAUAAAUUAUUUUUAAACUUAUAUUUGUGUUUUAUUUGUACUUGUUUUACAUAAAAUUGUAUGUAAGCAUUGUUUAUGUGCAAUCAGUUCAUUAAAACUAUAAAAUGAU